GUUCGUUCGUUCGUUCGUUCGUUCGUCUUCGACGAAGAUCAAAGCUACGCUCGUCUCUGUGCUCAUUCGUCGUUAUCGGGAUCCGGAAUGCAUUUGCAAUCGGGCGAAGGAUGAUUGCAUUUUGAGCUCAGAUUGUGCUCUAUUGUCAUUCGGACGGUAAUGUUUGGAUCGAGAUGAAAGGAGAUAACAGUGACACUCGUCUUCGGGCGCACUUUGCGGCAAGCGGGUGAAUCAAGCUCAUUUGAAAGGAAGCACAACGUCUGUCACUUUUUCCGUGUGUCCGGGUGUACAUCCCAGAGGGAACACAGUUUCUAUUGUGAAGAUGAUGAAGAUAAAAGUGAUGUGUUGGGUUGUCUUUCGAGCAGGAAAUUUGAUACUGUGAAGCGCUGGGGGCCACCUGAAUCUAUUGGAUUGGAAGAAAUAUUUCGGAAAUUGAAUUGUGCUGUGCAGUGUUGUUGAUGAUAUUUUAGAACUGUGCUGAAGCAGUGAGUGUUGGUGUGUGCUGAGGAAGCUGAAGAUCCCAGGAUAUCGGUUCGAAAAAGGAAAUUUGCAUUACUGUUGUAGCUAAAAUAUGUGCUCCCCGGGGUGAUUUGUGUUACGAUUGGAGUCCGAGUGAAAUUGAUUUAAUGCCGGAAUAAACGAAAUUAUGGCACGUGAUGUGUCUACCCGUUGAGGAAUUUGCAUACGAAGAAGAGAGCAAGAACAAAAACCCAUCGGUUGCCCAAUAUCCCUGCACCAAAGUGACCAUGUAGCUUUGUAAGAACAAAGGAAAUCGAUAAUCGACCCACUUAUCAUCGUAUAGUUUCGCACCGUUUGCCUAACCCGGUGCCACAGAAAGUGAUUAUAAAUCAUCGAAAAACAGCGUAACCCAUUGAUUGCAACCACCGAAUCGUGCUACAUCGCACCGAAACCGCCCAAUCUAAUCGCUUUUUCGCUUUACCACCCUCGCCCACCCUUGUUUCCGGCUCUCUAUGUGACCACCAUCGGGCCCAGAAGCAAGAGCAAAGCAAAAUUCGGAAAAUGUCCCAUCAUCAGCACCGCCCGAGAAAAUCCUGUGGUCGUCUUCCGAAAUGAUGACCGAUAUCAGCGUCAUCCAUGUGGCCAAUUUCAGUAGUCUGCUCAUCCUCUCGACUCAGCAACCGACGACGACAACAACAACGACGACAACGACAACCGUCACCACCACGACCAUCAGUGCUGCCAGUGGCACUAUCUCGGUGGACGGUAACAAUAGUGGCAGUGUUGGCAGCGGCGGUGGCAGCAGUAGCAACAGUGGCGGAACCAGCAGCGCUAUUAUCAUUACUGGUGCAACCGAGGGCUUUCCCGAACUGGUCGGGGGCUAUGGGCGGGAACCUGUGCCGGCUCCACCGGAGCUGAUGGAACCAUGGGCGUACGUUGCUGCGGCCGUGACGCUCUUUUUCAUCGGCUUCUUCGGGUUCUUUCUCAACCUGUUUGUGAUUGCACUCAUGUGCAAGGAUGUUCAGCUCUGGACCCCGAUGAACAUCAUCCUGUUCAAUCUGGUGUGCUCGGAUUUUUCCGUGUCGAUCGUCGGCAACCCGUUCACCCUGACGUCGGCCAUCUCGCACCACUGGAUAUUCGGUCCAACCGUGUGCAUUGCUUAUGGAUUUUUUAUGUCCUUAUUGGGAAUAACAUCCAUCACAACGCUGACGGUGCUGUCGUACGAACGGUUCUGCCUGAUCAGCUUUCCAUUCUCGUCGCGGCACCUGUCCCGGCGGGGAGCCUUUUUCGCCAUCUUGUUCAUUUGGAGCUACUCGUUUGCCUUAACCUCGCCCCCGCUGUUCGGAUGGGGGGCGUACGUCCACGAGGCAGCUAACAUCAGCUGUUCCGUUAAUUGGGAGUCCCAAACGACGAAUGCCACCACGUACAUCAUAUUCCUGUUCGUGUUCGGCUUGGUAGUACCGCUGGUGGUGAUUAUCUAUAGCUAUUCGAACAUUGUCGUCAAUAUGAAAAAGAACGCCGCCCGUGUGGGUCGAAUCAAUCGAGCAGAGAAGCGCGUCACCCGGAUGGUGUUCGUCAUGGUGAUCGCCUUCAUAAUCGCCUGGACGCCGUACGCCGUGUUUGCGCUGAUCGAACAGUUCGGCCCAACGGAAAUCAUCAGUCCGGCCAUGGGCGUCCUGCCGGCCCUGAUAGCCAAGUCGAGCAUCUGCUACAAUCCGAUCAUCUACGUCGGUAUGAACACGCAGUUCCGGGCGGCCUUCAACCGGGUUCGGAACAACGAAUCCGUCGACAAUAACACGACCACAAACCAGAAGGACAUCACCAGGGACACCAGCAAGGAGAUUGUGGAGUGCAGUUUCGACUUUUGCCGCAAGAAGCGGCUGAAAAUCAAGCUGAAAUCCAACAACAACAACAACAAUAAUUCCCGCCAACCGACGGUGAUCGAACCUAGCAGUACCAGCAAUGCCGACGACGUGGAACGGCCAACCCAGGUGCAGACGAUACUGAACUCGGUCAGCGGUAUCGAAUCACCGCGAUCGACGGUGACCGGGGCCAAAAAAUUGCUGCGGUCGGAUUUCGAACUAUCUGUGAUCAGUAGCGGAAAAUCGAUUCUCAUCAAAUCGAACACGUUCCGGUCCAAUCUGGUGUAACGAAGGAGCAUGGGGAGGAGUGUAUGCGAGGGCCUUAUCGAAUCAUUGUGAGUACAUCGAGAUUUAGAUGAAAUGCCAGCAGUUAGGAUCCGUAGGAAGAGUAGAGAAGGUGGAGAGUUAUUUUAAACUAGUGAUAAAAUCGAUACAAUUUGAGGGGAUGGGUACGCCGUAGAUGCUAAGAGAAAAAAAAAUGGUGAGGUGAGAGGGAAAAUCUGACAACAAACCGACCACGAACGCUAAUGCUGAAAUAAGUUUACAGAAAAACAGAAAUCCUACGCAUACAUCCAGAUUGAUUGACAAACUUCCAUCCGCACCAGAUAUGUUUGUCAAGCUUGAAUAAUUAUGCAUCUUGUUUUCAGUGUCAGCCAACGGAUGAUUGCCAGCCAGUUUUGCUUGCCUCUCUAUCGCUAUGACGCGCUUGUCAGAUUCAGACACUAUGACGAUCUGCGUCAAACUCGCAGCCCACGUGCUCUGGAAAGCGAUACUUAAACCCGCAGCGUGAUUCCGAUCAAAUGCAGUGAAACAGAAAGAAGCUUGUUAGCACGAUAGUUAUAAUCAGAAUGGAUUG